AUGUCGCCUCCAGCUUCUCCUCUUCUUCACGCUGUCAGUUACCAGCAGGCUCCUGAAACAGGCAAUCGCCGCAAACCUCCUAUACUGCAUAUCCGAAACAAGAAGCCGCUCUCUGGAAUUGAACUUGUGCACGUCCGCACGUCGUCUUCAAAAAGGAGUCUCAAGAGCGAGAUCUCGUACACCCACAGCGACAUCGAGACGAUGAACCACGUCCUCGCCCAGGCCAGGCAGAGAGGAGAUCUCCCUAUUACAACCUCGUCCCCUACGGAUGUCCAAGCAGUGAUCCAAGACUACGGCUAUCUCACCCGGCUCAGAGAAGCCCGCGGUGACGUUAGACGGCCUCCUCCCACCACUUACACGGAGCUUCGCGUCGAGGUCGCCCGCCGCAUCAAAGACCGUGAUUCUUCUCGCGACGAUGAAGAGAGCCUCCAGGAAGCGAAACGUAGGGUGCACCAUUAUUUGAAUACUGUCGGAACGGAAAAGCGAUUCUUUGAUGCAAACUCGCAUACUGCCGAACGCCCGUCAUCAGCGCGGAGCAAUAUCGAGAGUUUUGGUGAGAGCAUUCUCUCUAUUGUUGGUCAAGCAGCAGACCAGACUAUGGUUGAUGCCGCGGAGCCUCUUCGAUUCAACGUCCAGCAACUUAGAGCUCACACUUCUGAAUGCGACAAACUUCUAAACCACCAGCAAGACUUGGUCAGAGCCCUCAGUGCAAUGAUCAACCCCCAGGCUAGGGCGAUCCAGACUUCCGGAGAGAACCUUGCCCUCCUUACUGGCAUCGUCACCCAUCUUUCUCACUUCGCCAUGAAUCUCCCAUACGUCGUCGAACAAGCUGUGCAGAGAGCUGUCCAUGAGCACACAGAGGCAGCAAUCCAGCAUGUUCUCCAGGCCCAACAAGAAGCAGUUCUUUCUCUCUUACAGCAGCGUCAAGAGCACAAUCAAAGCAACCAAGUUAUAAACUAUGAUCUACUUUCAACGUCGAUUGUCUCAAAGCUCCAGACAUCCGGCUGCUUGAGUCCUGAGCAAAGUUUCGCAAAAGAAGAAAAGGGCACCCGGGAAGGGCUAAGGAAAUUUUGGCAUCGCGUGAGGCCGUCCAUCAUGACUCUAUGA